AUGGCGUUGGAGAAAACGGGAAAACAAGCUCUCAAACUCCGUGGCAAAGGCGUUCCUUUGGAACAGCAGUGUGAUGUCUGUCUUCGGAAGGAAAGUGCUUGUUUCGCCAAAUCGGACCCCAUAUUUGAUGGCAAAAAUGUCCUAGCCAUCGUUGCACAGCAUCUGGACAUUAAAAUUACUCUGACCCGUGUUUGUCGCCAUUGCUGGGAUCGGUUGGAAGAGUUCGAUGAAUUCUAUAGGAUGGUUAACGAGCAGCAUCAUCACUUGCACAAGCCCCUUAAAAUCGAUCCAUCCGACCGGGCGGAAGAUCCUGUUGAAGUGGAUGAUGUACUCGGGAUGGAGUUUGUAGAAAUCAAACAUGAACCACUGGUUGAGGAUGAUAAAGAUCUAAUGGUCAAAGAGGAAAAGGAGCCGCUUCCGGAAAGUGACUGUGACAAGCUUUUGCCGGAGCAAUCUAUGGAAGUGGACGACGAUGGAGAGAAUCCAAUGAAUGAAAACAGCACCAACUCCGCUCCUCCGUCAUCUAAUGAAAGUGAAGAUUCCUAUACACCGCAAACCAACAGAAGCGCCCGUAAGGUGACAGCCAAAAAGGACCCCAAGGUGGACACUGAGAUACUGGAAUUCUACAAACGGUUGGUAUGCGAAGUGUGCGAUGUGGAACGGAUGCUGGCCGGGGAAGCAUCGAUCGAGUACGGCAAUUUGCGGGAGCUAAAUAAACACAUGCGAAAGGCGCACGAUCAGGUGAUAGCAACCAGCAUCAAGUGUCCGAUGUGUGACAAGCGAUUACGCUACCGGGCGAAGUUGCUCGAACAUCGGGAUAUGCAUUUGCAUCCGGAUCGGUUUCGAUGUGUGGUGUGCCAGGAGGUGCACCAAAACAUUGCGGAGCACAUGAAAAACAAGCACCAGGAACGAACGUACUGCUGCGAGGAGUGUGGCAAGCGGUUCCCAUUUAAGGCCCGACUUACGGCACACGUGAAGAAGAUGCACACCACGAAGGAUGUCGUCUGUGACCAGUGUCAGAAAAGUUUUAGUAAAUACACCAUUGACGACCACAAACGAGCGGUUCAUGAGUCGAAGUUUAUUUGCGAACACUGUCCGCGCACGUUCAAGUCGCGAUUCUCACUUGAGCAACACAUGGAAGAACACGUGGAGGGUUUGCGCAAGUCAAUGGCCGCCACAUGCGACAAGUGUGGCGUCGUGUUGCGAGAUAAGUACACACUGCAGUCGCACAUCAAGCGAAUGCACACGGAACAUCCGCCCGUUAGUUGUGUAUCGUGUGGGAAGGUGUUCAAAUCGAAGCACAAUCUUAACGCACAUCUCGCGAACGUAUGCACCGAACGGUUCUUCCCGUGUCCGAUCUGUGAGAAGCAGUUUAAGAAAAAGAUUAAGCUAAAGGAGCAUAUGACAACACACACGAAGAGUGCGCUGUAUCAGUGCCCGUACUGUCCGAAAACGUUCAGCUUCGAGACGCAGCUGUACACGCACCGGAAGCAGAACCACUACGAGCAGUGGCUGGAGAUGCAACGGAAGCGCAAGGAGGGCGUUCGGUUUAAGGUUAACCGUGUCACGGACAUGCCGGCCAUGUGA